AUCAUCUGUAAAUAACGAUCACCUGAUAGGCAUUCAAAGGAAGAAGAAGAAGAUAGAAGGCUGCGGAUCUGUUGACAGAUUAAGAUGAAAACUCCAAGAAGAACGAUGAGACUGAAAGGUCCAGCACCGAAUCGCUUAACAGUUCAGCUAGGUCAAGUAUGUUUCAAGGUUCCUCACAAAAAAAGCUCUUUAUCCAACUCUUCCCGAUUCCAGAACCUUCUCGAUUCCGAAUCGCAAAAUCCGGAAUCAAAACCACCACCAUCUCUAGAUGUCAAUGCAGAUGACAAGAACUUUAUUCUAAGUCAAGAUUUAUUCUGCACUCCUGAUUAUAUCACUCCAGAUAGCCAAUACAUAUCGAAUAAAUUGGAGAACAAGGAAAACAUCCCUUCUCCCAAGUCUCCUGACAAGAUAAAAGUUCCUAAAAGCAAAUUAUUACAUAGACCAGAAAACAUAUUGGCAUUUGGAUCCCAUUUGUCUGAACAUGAACAAGAUUUGGACUUGUUAGAACAAAAUGAAGAAAAGCUGGAAAAAGUUGUCACAACAGAAGUUCAAGGGAAACACAGUUAUGUUUCACAAUCUGCUGUAGCUUUAAGAUGUCGUGUUAUGCCUCCUCCUUGCAUAAGCAAUCCUUAUUUGAAGGACACAUCUGGAUCUGGUAUGGAUCCAUUUUCUAACCAAAGAUCCAAGUGUGCAGGUUUUUUCCCAUCACUCACCGGUGGAGAUGGCCAAUCAAGAUACCGAUCAGAUUUUCAUGAGAUAGAGGAAAUUGGUAAUGGCAACUUCAGUCAUGUUUUUAAAGUCUUGAACAGAAUUGAUGGGUCCAUGUAUGCUGUGAAAAAAAGCACCAAAGUAUUGCAUAAUGAUACAGAAAGAAGAAAAGCUUUAAUGGAGGUUCAAGCUUUGGCAGCUUUAGGAUUUCAUGAAAACUUAGUCGGCUAUUACUCAUCAUGGUUUGAAAACGAGCAACUAUUUAUUCAGAUGGAACUGUGUGAUCACAGUCUAUCCAUUUCCAAGCCUCCAAAGCUGUGCACAGAGGGACAAGUCCUAGAUGUUAUGCAUCAGAUAGCCAAGGCAUUGGUAUUUAUCCACGAGAGAGGGAUAGCUCACUUGGAUUUAAAGCCCGAGAAUAUUUACAAAAAGAAUGGAAUUUAUAAGCUUGGUGAUUUCGGGUGUACGACUCUCCUUGACAAGAGUCUUCCAAUUGAGGAGGGUGAUGCACACUAUAUGCCUCUGGAAAUACUUAAUGAUAACUAUGAUCACCUCGAAAAGGUUGAUAUAUUUUCGUUGGGAAUCACAAUCUUUGAGCUUAUUAGAGGAGCAACUUUGCCUAAAUCAGGACCUCUUCUUCUAAAUCUUAGACAAGGAAAGCUGCCUUUGCUCCCUGGACACACAGUGCACUUCCAAAGUUUGCUUAAGGCCAUGAUGGACCCUGAUCCGAUUCGGAGACCCUCUGCUAGAGAACUUGUCGAUAACCCAAUAUUUGAUAGAUGUCAAAGAAGCACCAAGGCCAAAUGAGGCAGCAGCCUGUUGUUGGAUAGUCCUUUUUUCUCAUUUUAUUGUGCAAAAGGGUGCACUGGUUUGCUGUGUAAGGAGUUGAAAUUAAGUUGGGUUUUGAGAUUCAGAUUUCUUUAAAAAGAAAAUUGAACUUGUUUUGAAUUGUUUGUGUUGUUCAUUGUAUGAGAAUUAUGGAAGAGUGGUUCUAGA